UGGGACAAGUCAUCGCGCAAGUGGCCCACGGUCGGUGGGGAGAGACUUUCAUCAAGUUUAACACAUCCUUUUCUUCCGGAUAAUAAACUAAUAUAACCCAACCGUCCGGGGACCGGGACACCGUGAAACAUGGCUGCCCUCUCAGCCUGGUUCUGGAACGAGAGGUUCUGGCUCCCACACAACGUAACCUGGGCGGAUCUGGCGGAUCCAGCUCCCGGGGUGGAGUACCCCAAAGCUGGACACUUGUUGACUGCAUUGCCGCUGGCGUUGGGGCUUUUCGCCGUCAGGUUACUCUUUGAAAGAUUUAUCGCCAGUACCUGUGCGCGGAGUCUGCACAUCCAUCCAGGUGUUGCACGAAGAGCUCAGCCCAAUGCAGUGCUGGAGAAAGUGUUUACAUCCAUCACAAAGAAUCCAGAUACUCGCCAUCUGGAUGGCCUGUCCAAGCAGCUGGACUGGGAGGUGCGGAAGGUCCAGCGCUGGUUCAGACACCGCAGAAACCAAGAUAAACCCAGCACACACACUAAGUUCUGCGAGAGCAUGUGGAGGUUUACAUUUUAUUUGUGCAUAUUUAUCUAUGGCUUCCGGUUUCUGUGGCAGUCUCCUUGGAUGUGGGAUACACGGCAUUGCUGGUACGGUUAUCCCUAUCAGGUCUUGACUCUCGGUCUUUACCGCUACUAUGUGACAGAACUGGCUUUCUACUGGUCGCUCAUGUUCUCCCAGUUCACUGACAUUAAAAGGAAGGACUUCCUGAUCAUGUUCAUCCAUCACCUGGCGACAGUCGCCCUGAUCAGCUUUUCUUACGUCAACAACAUGACGCGAGUCGGGACCCUCGUGAUGUGUGUACAUGACGCCUCUGACUUCCUGCUGGAGGCUGCCAAGCUGGCCAACUACGCCAAGUACCAGCGCUUGUGUGACUUCCUCUUCAUUGUGUUUAGUGUGGCAUUCUUCAUCACACGACUAGUUAUAUAUCCAAUAUGGGUACUGAACUCCACUAUGUUUGAGAGCUGGGCCAUAGUUGGGCCGUACCCAUCCUGGUGGCUCUUCAACCUCUUGUUGCUGGUUCUCCAAGUGCUGCAUAUCAUCUGGUUCUACCUCAUAGCACGUAUAGCUGUUAAAGCCAUCCUGCGAGGCAAGGUAUGCAACGAUGUCCGCAGUGACAUUGAGAGCAGCUCAGAGGAAGAGCCCGACACGCUCAAAGACGGCCUCAAGGCUGCUCCUCAUACUUCCAAGGGGGAAAACGGCACAAACGGCCACUGUGCUUCUGCCAAAGCUCGAGUGCAGAACCACAGCAGUUGGUGACAUGAAGCUGGGAGCCUCCUGCACUUUGUCUCUCACAUCCAAGUCUCUAAGAACGUUUUUUGUCUUUUGACAUUCCCUUGAAGUGCAAGGCUUAGGCACGCACGCAGACACACACACACACACACACACACACACACACACACACACACACACACAGUCUACUAUCACACAUAACACUGACAGUGGGUGCGCACAGAUACAUGAACUGACGAUGGAUAUGCAGACAUGCAGACACUUGACAUUUGCUUUGAAGAGCCCUGUAAUGAUAUUUACAACAAAACUCCAGGAGUGACAUGUUAACGCUGAAAUUAUAUGAAAAUCAGUUAAACCAAGUGAUUUGCAUAGCCUUAAUUUUCAAAUGAUGGGAUAUAUUUUGUGCUGAGUAUAGCUGCAGAUGUAGAUUGGUUUCAAUGUUCUCUCCCAGUUUUAUUGGUCAGAUGAACUUGAUUAUUUUUGUGUAAAGGGGUAUUUCACACUGGAUCAGGCAGAUAACACCUUUAUUGGGGGCUUAAAGUUGAAGUAUAUUUAAUUUCUAAUCUGUGUUUAAGGAAGGCAGACAUCUCAGCAGGUGAUAUCUCCAACACUGCAACUCGCACCAACACAAUCGAGGUUGAUGAAUUGCACUACAGGUAAGAGGAAACUUAUGUAUUUUUUGAUUUUAGGAGUGAGCUGUCCCCACUUGAAAGUUUAAACAGCAGCAGUUUCUGCCCUCUGCGAUUUAUUGUGGAUUUACCCAUUAAUGAUGUUUGGCAACUUUGUGAUUUGUUUAUUUCUGUUUUACUGUUUUUUACUUCUCCUGAGACCAAAUGUUUAUGAAAUUGUUUGUCACUGCCUAUAGAGGAAUCAAGGUAUGAGAACUGUACUAAAUGUCUGGUAUCACGUUCUCCCUUGAGUCCCUUGUAAAAUGUAUAUGUUUCCAAUUAUAUUCUGUUGUUGAAAGCUG